AUGGCAACCUUGUACAAAAUCCAGGCGCAAAUUCUGAUAUUCUUUUCGGCCAGGACCACCGACCAUCUUUGGCGAUCGAUAUCCGCCCAGCACGCCAUCGCUUCUUCCUUCGUUGUCAUUCCGCCUCCUUCGCCACCACGAUGUGCCUCAAACAUCGCAUCGGCGCAAGUCCCUUCAUUGAACGAAACCGAAUUUGACCGCCACCACCUCCUGUUUUCCUUUCUUCCAAUAACUUUUCCCUCGUUAUCUGUUUACUUCUUCUUUUUCUUCUUUCUCUCUUCAUUCAAUUUCCCACCCUUAUCUCAUUCAUUGCUCUUAAUCAUUAUGCGUCUUAGACAUUUUUCUUUCUUUUCAUUUUUUUCUUUCUUUCAUUUAUUUGUUCUUUCUAUCAUCUUUCUUUUAUUUGCAAUAUCUCAUUCAUUGCUCACAAUCCUUUUUUCAGCUGAUAUAUUUUUAAUUUUUUUUUCAUAUUUUUCUUUCUUUCAUUCUUUCUUUCAUUCUUUCUUUCAUUCUUUCUUUCAUUCUUUCUUUCUUAUUAUUGUUUCACAUCUUUCUUUUAUUUGCAAUAUCUCAUCCAUUGCUCUUAAUUCUCUCUGCAUCUUUCUAUUAUGCAUUAUUUCAUUCAUGGAUUUAAUCCAUUCUCCAUCUGACAUAUUUCACUUUCUUUUUUCCUUUCUUUCACUCUUCCUUCCUUCUUUUUUUCCUAUUUUGGUUUCAGAGCUUUCUUUUUCUGACAUAUUUUUCUUUCUUUUUUUUCAUUCCCAUUUUUCUUCUUUUCUUUCAUUCAUUCUUUCUUUCCUAUUUUGGUUUCAGAGCUUUAUCCUUUUUGCAUGGUCUCAUUCAUUGGUCUUAAUCCUUUCCUCAUGUGAUAUUUUUUUCUUUCUUUUUUUCAUUUUUAUUCUUUCUUUCUUUUUUUAUUCUUUCUUUCUUUCCUCGCCUUACACAUUUUUCUCUUUUUCUUUGUUCUUAAUAUCUUUCUUUCAUUCCUUAUUUCUUUUCUGUGUUGGUUUCAAAUCUUUCUUCUUUUUGUUAUUCCCAUUUUCUUUUAACGUUAUUUCUUCAAAUAUCUUAUUUAUUUCUCUUUCUUCGUUUCUGUUUUCGUCUAAUUUCUUCUUUUGCUUUAAAAUAAUGUUCCUCGCUUUUUCUUACUUUUCAUUCAAUAUAUUUAUCUUAAUCUCCGUCUGCUUCCUACUUUUUAUUCAUUCCUUCAAUUUUCUUCCUAAUAUAAUUGAUUUCUUUUUCUUUCUUUCUUUCUUUCUUUCUUUCUUUCAGUAUUUAAUUCAAAAUCCCGUUAAUCUCUUUCUGUUUCGAUCAUUUUCUUCUUUUUUGUUGUUGCCUUUCUUUAUCCGAUUGAUUUUCUUUCUUUGUUCACACGUUUAUAUCUUUUGGGCAAUUUUUUUCUUUCUUUCCUACAUGAAUCGUUGCUACUUUUUCCAGUAUCUUCUUUCUUUCUUUCUUUCUUUCUUUCUUUCUUUCUUUCUUUCUUCUUCUUCUUCUUCUUCUUCUUCUUCUUCUUCUUCUUCUUCUUCUUCUAACUAA